GAGGAACCUCGCAUCUUAACAUUCCUUUAUGGUGGUGGAAGGGGUGUGCGCAGGAUAAGAGUGUCACAAGCCGCAUAAGCGCACAGAGAAACUCACUAAAAAUUGGAGUAAAAAUAGUCGCCAAUUUGUCGUUGGUCAGCGUCACAUGUCGGGAAAACCCACAUCUUCUUCUUGCUUUGAUUGAUCGAUUCUCUCUGAAUUUUCUGAUUGCGAGAUAUCGUCUGUUGCGAGGAAUCAAAGGAAGGCAUGGAGGGCUGCCCCUCUGGUUAUCGCCCCAACGUUGGCAUGUGUCUCAUCAACUCUGAUAGUCGGAUCUUUGUGGCGUCGAGAUUAAAUGUUCCAGGAGCAUGGCAGAUGCCUCAGGGUGGAAUUGAAGAUGGCGAGGAGCCCAAAUCUGCAGCCAUAAGGGGAUUGCGGGAGGAAACUGGAAUAGUGUCCGCUGAAAUUGUUGCUGAGGUUCCCAAAUGGUUGACGUACGAUUUUUCCCCUGCUGUCAAGGCCAAAGUGAAUCGUCUCUGGGGAGGUGAAUGGCAUGGGCAGGCACAGAAAUGGUUCCUAAUGCGAUUGACCAAUGACGAUAGUGAGAUUAAUUUAGCGAAUGGUGAAGCAGACACGGAGUUUUCAGAGUGGAAAUGGGCGAGCCCGGAAGAAGUUAUUGAGCAGGCAGUGGAUUACAAGAGGCCUAUGUAUGAAGAAGUUAUGAGAACCUUCCGGCCUUAUUUGAAUGAAGAUGGAAAGGCUGCUAGAUCAUGUAAAUCAUCCAAGUGGUGAACUGGUGUGUUCUUGUAGUCACUUCCCUCUAGUGAUAUCCUUGACCCUCUGUUCUCCGUAAAACUUUCUCCUCUGUAAAUGGAUAUGGCAUCUAGAAUUUCAAAUUAGAUGUUUGCUGCUUCUUGUCUAUAAAAAAUAAUGCUCAUAUUA